AUGUCCAGGAGAGAUAAAUAUAGAAAUAACAGAAAUAAUAAUUGGAUUUUAGAUGCUUUAAAGACAUUAAAUAAUGAAAAUAUAAAAUUAUGUAAUCAUGAGAUUAAUAAUAAUAAAGGAAAUCAUAGAAUUAAAGGAGGAAAAAUUGACUUAAUAGAUCUAAUUGAGAAAAAAUAUACAUUAACAAGUGCCUGUUUAAUGAAAGCUAAAGACGUAAUGCUUUUAGAAGAUAUUCUAGAAGUGGACAGAAUUACCCUAUUAAAAUGGAAACAUCUUUGUAAGGAAAAAGGUGUAAAUACAAAAGGAAAAGUGCCAAAAUGGUUUUCAGAUUUAGAAAGAAAGUUAUUAGAUGACCAGAAUGGAAAAAUAAGAAAGAUCAAAAACGAAUAUAUAUAUAGGUCAAGUGCAAAAGAACAAGAUUCAUAUAAAUUAUUUUGA